AUGCCAAAAGUUGUAAAAAGUUCGGCUCGAGAAAUGAUAUUGAAGGUGAAAGAAUUCUGUGAAGCUGAACAAAAGAAUCAAGGUGUUUUAAUACCACUGAACGAUGUUCGGAAGAGAGUCGCCGCCAUAACAGAGGCAUUUGAGUCUAUUACGGCGGAAGAUUGGACAGCUCAGUGCACGCAUGUCGAACAUUUAGAGGAGGAAUAUUUAAAAAAUGACGGCCUUAUGGAUGAAGAGAUGGAUCGAAUAAUUAUAUCUACGGCUAGUGAUACUGAAACAGAAUCUGAUUCAGUUUCCAUCCACUCUUCAGACAGUGAUGUUCCUAUGGCCGCUGAUCACAAUUAUUCAAUAAAACUCUGA